AUGAAUCCUGCUGCCUUAAAUCUGAACGAUACCCUAGAAUACCCCGCCGAUACUUAUGGCGCAAUCUACUACCUACUGGCCUUGCUUCGCCCACACAAGAUUCGUCAACAAAAAGCCUUUCCGCGCGUCUGUAUGAUCCAUCAGUUGUACAGCAUCAUCAAGGACCACACUACCGUCGAUCGCGCUCUGGCCCAAUUGAUAAAGGACAACACGAUCCGAAAGUUCUAUCUGGGCGGCACUGGAUCGGACGAGUUCGCGAUCAUGUUGACAAGCGACUAUGUCGUACAGAUUCAGCAAGCCAAAGAACAGUACCUGAAAGACCUGCAGACAUCUCCACAUCAGCAGCAACGUGGCUCGGGAGUUGAAACAGCAACAUCGAGUGCCAAACGGAGGAAUCUUGACACAGCAUCCGACCUACAAACUUUAGUUGCUCACAAACGGAUAGCGACGGGACCUAGCACAACAGGACCAGGAACAGGCCCCAUUAUUGCACGAAUACCGGGAUCGAAAAUGAUUGCAAACAAAAAGACCACUGACAUGAUACAACAAUCUGCCUCAGCGCAAGAGACCCAAGCGGGCGAAAUUUUUGAAAGGUUCAAAGACUUGGUUAUGAGUGGGCAGUGCCUGGAGAUCUCGAUACAGCAUUCCAAUAUCCAGUCUGUCAUCGAUGCCACAGAUCAAGAUAUCACAAUCCUGAUUCGUUACUCCCUCCUCAACCGCAGCUUAUCCCAGCCUGCAAACCCCCAUCUCGUCAACCUGAACCAGCCCGCAGGACGCGGAGGAAAUACAGGCGGCAGCGGCGCCAGCACAGGCAAUAGCUCCAGUGGCCAUUCUGCACUGAACCAGCUUAUCCAUGCCACGAACCAAGAGCAAGCCAAGACUAUCAAAUCGGAAUCCACCUCAUCCUCUACCUCAGGAUCAGCAGUAUCGUCUUCACCGGGAGCAGCAGCAGCAGCAACGACGACCAUCACAGCAAACCUUGGCCGUCGGCAGCACGUCUCGGAUGAUGUGGCCUAUAGAUUCGCGAUCAGACAAGGCGGUCUCUUUGUUACGCAUUUCUUAAAAGGACGACUCGAGAUCUUGAGAAUGAUAAAGCGUCAGAUCUUUGGUGAUAUGCUUGUCUCGGCGGUGGUAUCGAAGCCUUUACGAGGAUCAUUCCUCCCACAUGAAUUCCAUAUCCAUGACAUUGUCGGAAGUGGACGUGUUCAAAGUAUUGCGACAACCAGCGGACAAUUGCUCAAACUGACCCUGAAGGGUGAAGCCAGCGCAAAAGCAAAGUAG